UCCGCGAGCCACUUCCUUUUCUUUCCGGGGCGCGCGGCGGCAAGAUGGCGGUGCAAAUUUCCAAGAAGAGGAAGUUUGUCGCUGAUGGCAUCUUUAAAGCUGAACUGAAUGAGUUCCUUACUCGGGAGCUGGCUGAAGAUGGCUACUCUGGGGUUGAGGUUCGAGUUACACCAACCAGGACAGAAAUCAUUAUCUUGGCCACCAGGACGCAGAACGUUCUUGGUGAGAAGGGCCGGCGGAUCCGGGAAUUGACUGCUGUGGUUCAGAAGAGGUUUGGUUUCCCUGAGGGCAGUGUAGAGCUUUAUGCCGAAAAGGUGGCCACAAGAGGUCUGUGUGCUAUUGCCCAGGCAGAAUCUCUGCGUUACAAACUCCUAGGAGGCCUUGCUGUGCGGAGGGCCUGCUAUGGUGUGCUGCGGUUCAUCAUGGAGAGUGGGGCCAAAGGCUGUGAGGUCGUGGUAUCUGGGAAACUCCGAGGACAGAGGGCUAAAUCCAUGAAGUUUGUGGAUGGCCUGAUGAUUCACAGUGGGGACCCUGUUAACUACUACGUUGAUACUGCUGUGCGCCAUGUUCUGCUCAGACAGGGUGUGCUGGGCAUCAAAGUGAAGAUCAUGCUUCCCUGGGAUCCAAGUGGUAAGAUUGGCCCUAAGAAGCCCCUGCCGGAUCAUGUGAGCAUUGUGGAACCCAAAGACGAGAUACUGCCCACCACGCCCAUCUCGGAACAGAAGGGUGGGAAGCCAGAGCCGCCUGCUAUGCCGCAGCCGGUACCCACCGCGUAACAGGAUCUCUUUGGCAGCUGGAUCUGGAGACUAUUUUAAUCUGUAAAGACCUUUAAUAAAAUCUUUGAGAAAGA